AUUUCCUCCAUGUUGGGUUUGAACGUAGAGUGAGUAAGAAAGAGAGCUAAGCAGCGGCGGGGCGAUACAGCUUCUGCACUGCCGAGUACCGACCCUCUAAUCUCCGGGAUCUGGGGGAGGGCAGCACAGCGGCUUGGAGCUGCGCAUUUGGAUAACAGCGAAAAAGAAACAUCCCACCCACCUACACUCAUCCUCCCUUCGGGUUUUCCGCCUUCCUCCGAAACGUGGCCUUUCAGAGCAGUGAUUUCUCAUUUGACUUGGGGAAUAUAUUUAUUUCGACGCUGUUGUUUUGGAGGUUACGAGUGUGGAUGCUUUUUUUUUUUGUGUGCAUUUUCUAACUUUUUUUGGUAGCUCUGUGUACGAAAAGGAAGAAGGAAAACCACUACAAAAGUAAUCUACUGGUUGGAUCGUUUCAUUGUCGAUCGAGACCAUUUUUUUGGUGUUGCUCUUGUUGAAUGUUUUCAAAACAAACUGAGCCAAAGAAGACUACGGUCAGUCACUGCGCAUCACCUUCCUUCACCUCUGUAAACAGGAUACUGUGUUCUUCGACUCAUUUUGCUGGAUAUCGUUUUUUAACUGUCUUGACCUGGGUGUUCCAGCGCCCUUAUGGAUUUGGAAAAGUAGUUUUUAGUGUGCGUUUACGUGUUUUUGCAUGCAACACGGAGGUCUGUUUUAAAGCCUCACCUCGGCUAAAUUAAUUUGGUUACUUUUUUUUUCUUAGAAUUCUGUUUCAUUUGUUGUCAGUCUCUUAUUUCUGUUAGCUUUCGGGAGAAAGAUUAACACAAGUCUCCUCUUCUCGGUGCGAGUGCACUAAGCACUCGGGCUGCGCCUUAUUGACACAUCCGUACUGGAAUAAUUUGUUUUUAAAAACAAAAUCACAUUUCCAGACAUUAUUGGAAUAAGCAUUGGGGCUUCUCCCAACAUCCCGGUCAACGCGCGCUCUAGAUCGGUUUUAAUUUUAAAUAGCUAGUGUUUUAUUCGCUGUUUUGAUUUCAGCCUCAUACACCUAUAAGCGAGUUUCCAAAAGAAAUGCAAUCCACUGCCCAAGAUUGAAAUUACAUUCUAUAUCCUCUACUUCCUCAUCCUUACUGCCAAGGUGAUUGAUAUCUUUGUCUUGACCGAUUUCUAGACCUGUUUCCUGAUUGUAGGUCUUUUUAUUGAAGAAAGCCACCUAUACACAUUAUUUUUGUCAUUUUUCUUAAAUCAGCGGAGGAAGAAAGACAACUUGACAUUUCAGUUGCUUACUUUUUGCUAAAAUAACAGCUUGUUAUCGAGACUGUACUUUAUCUUGCAAAGUGUCUUCUUUCCUUUUUUUAUGUGAAAUUUGGCAAUAAUCUUAGUUGGACAUAUUGCUGCCUCCAGGCAGAGGAUUUAAUUCCCAGGUGUGCUAACAUCUUUUGCAUAUUUUGAAUGACGAUUACCAAUGAUCAUUUUGAGUGACUUGCUCCAUGGUACUGUCCUGUUUUGGAUGUAUUAUUUGAUUUGAAGGAAGGAGCUUCAACUUGUAUAUCGUUUAGCACUACAAUGCAUCAUUCAGACUCGGUUGUAAAUUGCAAAAAGUGAUCCAUUCCUAAGGGAAGCUACUAUUGGAGGAAACUGGUUACUGCUCAUCUAGAGAUUUCCUGGUUGAUUCAAUUUGGAUUCAGUUUUGCAUAUCAGCCUUAUCAAUAACUGCUAUCAAAAUGGCCUGGGCUUUGAAAUUACCCUUAGCAGAUGAAGUGAUAGAGUCUGGCCUGGUGCAAGAUUUUGAUGCAAGUCUUUCUGGGAUUGGCCAAGAGCUUGGGGCUGGCGCCUAUAGUAUGAGUGAUGUUCUUGCAUUGCCCAUCUUCAAGCAGGAAGAAUCAAAUCUACCACCAGAUGAUGAAAACAAAAUCCUGCCCUUUCAAUAUGUAUUGUGUGCUGCCACAUCACCAGCAGUGAAGCUGCAUGAUGAGACGCUUACCUACCUCAAUCAAGGCCAAUCAUAUGAAAUCCGAAUGCUGGACAACAGAAAGAUGGGAGAACUUCCAGAAAUCACUGGGAAACUCGUAAAGAGUAUUAUUCGAGUGGUGUUUCAUGAUCGGCGUUUACAGUACACAGAACACCAGCAACUUGAGGGUUGGAAGUGGAACCGACCCGGAGACCGUAUCCUUGACCUAGAUAUUCCAAUGUCUGUAGGAAUGAUUGACCCCCGUGCCAAUCCAACACAGUUGAAUACUGUGGAGUUUCUGUGGGACCCUUCAAAACGGACAUCAGUUUUCAUACAGGUUCACUGCAUCAGCACAGAAUUCACCAUGAGGAAGCAUGGCGGUGAAAAGGGUGUUCCAUUUCGCAUCCAGAUUGACACCUUCAAAGAAAAUGAAAAUGGAGAGUAUACAGAACACCUGCACUCAGCAAGCUGCCAGAUCAAAGUGUUCAAGCCCAAAGGUGCAGACAGAAAACAGAAAACUGACCGUGAGAAAAUGGAGAAGAGAACGCCUCAGGAAAAGGAGAAGUACCAGCCUUCUUAUGAGACAACCAUCUUGACAGAGUGCUCCCCUUGGCCUGAGAUCUCUUAUGUUAACAAUACACCUUCUCCAGGGUUCAACAGCUCUCAUAGUAGUUUCACAGUUGGAGAAGGCAAUGGUUCUCCCAGCCACCAGCCGGAGCCUGUAGCUCAGAUCACAGAUUUGUCCUGCCAUCUUCUUAGAAGUGACUGCGGGAGCCUUCAGAACCUGUUGCCCACAGCCACACCUCAGGAAGCUCAACAGUGGCUACACAGAAACCGCUUCUCCCCGUUCUGCCGGCUUUUCACCAACUUUUCAGGGGCUGACCUGCUUAAACUAACGCGCGACGAUGUGAUUCAGAUCUGUGGCCCGGCAGAUGGUAUCCGGCUCUUUAAUGCACUGAAAGGCAGGGUUGUCCGGCCAAGACUAACUAUCUACGUAUGUCAGGAGUCCCUUCUAGUCAGAGAGCAACAGCAACAGCAGCAAAAACAUGAAAAUGGGGAUGGUGCCAACAGCGCCUUCUUUGUCUACCAUGCAAUUUACUUGGAGGACCUCACAGCUGUUGAACUAACUGAAAAGAUCGCCCAGCUUUUCAACAUAUCUCCUCGGCAAAUUAAUCAGAUCUACAAGCAAGGACCGACAGGGAUUCAUGUGCUGGUUAGUGACGAGAUGAUCCAGAAUUUCCAGGAUGAGUCUUGUUUUGUUCUGGACACUAUGAAAGCUGAAACCAAUGAUGGAUACCAUAUAAUUUUAAAAUGAAGCAGGUGAUAAUUUGCUGUCCUGUAAAACUCCAUCCACAAAAGCUAUAAAAUUCCACAUGAAGAAAUUGCACAUCACUAAGUUUUCAAAGGCUGAUGGAGUGAGAAACUGCAAAAUAUAAACUUCACAGGGAACUUUUCCUGAACUGAGGCAGCAGGAAGACCCUUUCAGUUUCUGUUUUCUAACCCUGAAGCUAAAGAAUUGCAUCUCAACUUGGCCCCACUGCAUAUUUGCAGUAGUACCAUGCACCUCCUUGUCUUUUUUUUAUUUUGUUUUCAGUCUCAUACAUUUUUUUAAUAAAAACAACCUUCCUUGUUGCUUGAACGUUUGCCGAA